GUGACACUGUACCACAGGGCGCCUCAAGGCGUCCCCCUGCAGUCCAGUGCUAUGUGGUCUCGGCCUCUAUCUACACUACCCGCGGAACCAGUAUGUUAGGUAUCCGCGCUGGGCUCGAGCCUGUGCGGGAGGAUGGAGCCCAGAGAGAGCGCGGUCCUCGGAGCUGCGGAGGUCUGCCUGCCCCAGCCGUUACCGGUUAAUGCAGUCCUUCGCGUCCUUCCAUGGCUCUGAGGAUCAAAUGGAGUUGCUUAUGGAUCUUUGGUCUGUGUUUAGUAGCCAGUAAAUCUCUCCAACUUCCAUCUAUCACAGACCCACGUUUUAUCCAACAGUGCGUUGAGUCCCACAAUGAAUUUCGAAGCAAUGUCAGUCCUCCUUCGGCCGAUAUGAAAUAUAUGAGUUGGGAUGACGGCUUAGCACAGGUGGCUGAAGCAUGGGCAAAAGAGUGCAAAUUUGAACAUAACAGUUGUUUAAAAAUACCAUAUCAAUGCUCCAAACGUUUUGAACAUGUUGGAGAAAAUAUUUGGUUAGGUGGAUUCAGAGACUUUAAUCCCAAAGAUGCUAUUCGUAAAUGGUAUAAAGAAUACCAACUUUUUGAUUUUGAUAAUCUAUCAUGUUCUGAUGUUUGUGGCCAUUAUACACAGAAUUCUACAAUUUCUUUUCCAACAAUUCUAUGGAUUUCACUGGUGCUUACUAUAGUUUGGGCCAAUUCACAUAAAGUUGGUUGUGCAGUUACAAUCUGCCCUAACUUCGGGGGAUCUACAUAUGCAAUAUUUGUAUGUAACUAUGGACCUGGAGGAAAUAUUAAAAAUGAGCUCCCUUACACAGAAGGAUCACCCUGUUCUAUGUGCUCAAAAGAAGAGAGAUGUGUAAACAAGCUCUGCCAACAUGAAAACAUGAAGCCCAUGGGGAGAGCACCUCAGCGGACAGUAUAUAAUCUACUCAGCAUAGGCUUUGUUCUUCUGAGAACUGUUUAAUUGUCAUUUAUAUGUGCAAAAAUCCUUAAAUUUUAUAAUAAAGGAAUACCUAAUGGUUAAAUGUAACUCAUCAGCAGUUUAAUUAUCUAUUAAGUCUUCCGUACUCUUGCUGUCAUCCAAAUUUAAUGUGUUUUUAAAUAAAAUAUAUUGUAAUUUGGAAAACAGAAAA